GGCCGGUAAUUUCAUGCUGAAAAUGAAAGCCAUUUAUUUAUUGGUAAAGUAUCAACCAUAUGCAAAUAAAGUUUGUACAAAACACUGUUGUAGUAAAAAGAAAAACAAGCUAUUCAUUUUGAUUUUUACAAUUUAAAAUUAAUUGUCAUUGCUUCACUCACAUAUAAUAAACUUGUUUAAUCAAAUCCAAGCGUGAAUGCAGUCAUUAGCUACUAUUAUAAAGCAAAAAGUCCGUACAAGGUGUCAAAAUAGUUUAACAUAUUAAAACGGAAACGAUUAAGGAUUGGAAGUAAUAUAAGCGGAAUAAACAGCGCAAUGACAGCCAGAAUAGCAAGCGUUUGUCAACAGAGCGUCGACUUUAACAGCAGAAAAAUGGCCGGAGCAACGUUGUUUGAACGCGCUCAAGCCCUUACAAGCGUGAAUCGGGAAGAGGGUAUUACUUUAUUAAAUAAAAUUGUACGUGAACAAGAGGUAGCUGAAAACGAUGAGGAGCUAAUUCGUUUAAAGGAGCAGGGCAUCCUGCAACUUGGCGAGCUAUACAAGCAGGAAGGCAAGGCCAAGGAAUUGGCUGAUUUGAUCAAGGUGACGCGACCGUUUCUCAGCUUGAUAAGUAAAGCAAAGGCUGCCAAAAUGGUGCGCACGCUAGUUGAUAUGUUUUUAGACAUGGAUGCUGGCACUGGUAUAGAGGUGCAAUUAUGUAAAGACUGCAUUGAAUGGGCAAAACAAGAAAAACGCACAUUCUUACGUCAGUCAUUGGAGGCGCGUCUGAUUGCGCUAUUUUUCGAUACCGGUCUAUAUACAGAUGCAUUGGCACUCGGUUCGCAAUUGCUACGUGAAUUAAAGAAAUUGGAUGACAAGAACCUUUUGGUUGAGGUGCAAUUGCUGGAGAGUAAAACUUAUCAUGCACUUAGCAAUUUACCGAAAGCAAGAGCGGCACUAACAUCUGCACGCACAACUGCCAAUGCGAUAUACUGUCCGCCAAAGGUUCAGGGUGCUCUCGAUUUGCAAUCCGGUAUUUUACACGCCGCCGAUGAGCGUGAUUUUAAAACAGCUUUCUCCUACUUCUACGAAGCGUUCGAGAGCUUCGAUAGUGUGGAUAAUGCGAAAGCUUUAACAGGUUUAAAAUACAUGUUGUUGUGCAAAAUUAUGUUGGGUCAAUCCGAAGAUGUGAAUCAGAUUGUGAGCGGUAAAUUGGCAAUCACUUACUCGGGUCGUGACAUUGACGCCAUGAAGGCUGUCGCUGAAGCUUCACACAAACGUUCACUUGCCGAUUUCCAGGAAGCUUUGAAAGACUAUAAAAAGGAAUUGUCCGAGGAUGUAAUUGUAAAAGCGCAUUUGGGCACGCUGUAUGACACUAUGUUGGAGCAGAAUUUGUGCCGCAUCAUUGAACCAUAUUCGAGAGUCCAGGUUUCUCAUGUUGCCGAAUGCAUUAAAUUGCCCAUGCCACAAGUCGAGAAGAAAUUAUCGCAAAUGAUUCUGGACAAAAAAUUCAGCGGCAUUUUGGAUCAAGGCGAAGGUGUACUUAUCGUUUUUGAAGAGACACCCGUGGAUAAAACCUACGAACGUGUUUUGGAGACUAUACACAGCAUGGGCAAAGUAGUGGACACACUUUACCAGAAGGCCAAGAAGUUGUCAUAGAUAGACAAACCGUUUCUAAUCAAUAUAUAAUUAUAAAAAAAAAAAAAAUUUAAAAUAAUUUUUCUCAUUUUAUAAAAAAAAAAUUUCUGUUAAAUUUAUAUUGUAUUAUUGGCCCUAGCAACAUAAUUGCAAUCAAGCUCAUUGUAAUUGUAUACCGCACACUCAACCAAACCGUUUAACAACCGUUGCUUCUAUACGAAUUGGUGACAGAAUUGAACGUAGUUAAAGCAGCAAGUUUGCACUUGUAGUAUAAAAGUAAUAGUGCAAAUCUCAAAAAAAAUACAGUAAACGAUUUAUAUAAAAUAUUUGCUAGUUUUUUGUAUGCAAGAUAGGCGGAUCAACAAAAUAUAUAUUUACUUAAUAAAAAAAAAAAGAGAAUAACUUAAAAUGUUUGCUGCGCAUGAUUGGCACACAUUUAUUGUAUUCGAUUUAGCCACUAACACAAUUGUAACAACAACAAAAACAAAAAUGCAAAUCAUUGCUGUUUAUUAGCAAAACGAAAAUGAGUAAAAUUUCGAGCGAUAACUUAUAUUCCUGCAAUAAAACAGAAUUAAGCGAA